AAAAAAAAUUAAAGAAUAUCGUUAGCUAUAGGGUCCAAAAAAAAAAUAUCUCUUUGACUAGCCAUAUAGGUGGGUUAUAAUAUAGAAUAGAAGAGUAAGAAAUUAUAUAUGUUAGUUGUUUAUAGAAUAGAUAUUACAAGUUUGAGGUAGAAAAAGCAAAAUGGGGAAUAAGGCCUGGUUUGGUGGUUUAGGUUAUAAUAAUAAAGUUUUUAUUCAUCAGUACUUGAUCAUCAUCAUCUUCCUUUACUCUGGCUCUGACUUAUUCCAAAUUCAAAGAGCAGUAGCCCUCGGAGUUGCUUAUCCUGAACGCAGCUCUCUUGGAAAUAAGGCUAGAACGCCACAGCCUUUGACCGCCACUACAGUAAAGACGUGGUGUCCUCCGUUGCCUGCCAGUGAAGUGUUUUCUCUCAACAUCGUUAUAAAUCAGUUCAAAUCGAAGGUCACUUCCCCUUCGAUUAGUUCCUCUUAUUGCAUGAACACUCUCAGAAACUACGGUUACAUAAUCAAUUGCGAAUGUGGUUCAGAAGUUUCCCACAUUACAGAAAUAAUCUUAAAUAAAUUGGGUCUUAAUGGAUACAUAGAUGAUGAAGUGGGAAAUCUUCCGUGGCUGAAGAAACUUGUUCUGUCCGACAACAAUCUCCAAGGUUCCAUACCGUUUAGCUUGGGGAGUUUGCUUUACUUAGAAACCCUCGAUUUAUCGAAUAAUCAACUCACAGGGACCAUACCAAGCAGCUUAGGAGAUUUGUCUAGUCUUAAAUGGCUAUAUCUGCAUUAUAACUAUCUGGAAGGCAGUAUACCAUCAACACUAGGAAAACUGAGUUCUCUCCAAGAUUUGUAUUUGGACUUCAAUAUGCUAUCAGGGUCGAUACCCGAUGAAUUCGGAUCCCUCUACAACCUUUCAAAGUUGCAGCUGGCAGAAAAUAGACUAUCUGGUAGUCUUCCUACAACAUUGGCAAAUUUGAUCAAUCUUAUAUCGUUUUGGACGCCAUCCAAUUAUUUUACUGGGAAAAUACCAGCCACAUACACGAAUUUAACAAAUCUUCGCUGGUUUGAAGUUUCUGGGAAUGAGUUAUCAGGUCCGUUGCCUAACGUAAAGAACUGGUCAAAGAUCGAAUCUAUCUCUGUACAGGGAAAUAAUUUUGAAGGGGAAGUUCCGGCAGAGUACUUCAAUUUGUCAAGUCUUCAGUAUCUGUUCAUAAGUGACCUUCAUAAUAGCCAUCCAUUCAAGUUGCCACAUUCUGCAAAUGUUUCCAACUUAUAUAGACUGGUGCUGCGUAACUGCUCGAUCACUGGUCCAAUUCCUGAGUUCAUCGGUCAAAUUUCUUCAUUAAUACACUUAGACUUGAGCUACAACACUCUCACGGGUACAAUUCCCGAGUCUAUGAAACCAAAUAUGAUUUACAUGUCUUUUGCAAGAAAUAACCUUACUGGAGAGAUUCCUAGAUGGAUAUUUCAAGCAACAAAAACUAGAAUGGAUCUUUCAUACAAUAAUUUUUCUGAAAUUGAUAUACCAGUACCAGAUCUAGAUCUGAAUUUGUUUGCCUGUUGCUGCUGCCAGAGCUCCGAAACCACUGAACCAUAUAUGCUUCAACCACCUGAGAUGAUGAAAGCCAAUUUUCCUGGAAAAAAACCCAAGUUUUAUAACUUGUUCAUAAAUUGUGGUGGUGAAGAAACUUAUUUCAAUGGGACUCGUUACGAUGCAGACAAUGAAACAACACGUUUUCACUCAAUAAGUUCAAAGCGAAAUUGGGCUUUUAGCUUCUCUGGAGAUUUCUUCACACCUACUGUAAAUACUAGUGAUUAUUACACGAAGAGAGUGCCUUGUAAAAUCUCCAACUCACAGUCAUCCAUAUAUGAAUCAGCUCGUCUCUCCCCUGUUUCCCUUAACUAUUAUGCCUAUAAACUUUACAAAGGCAAAUACAAUGUCACGUUUCACUUCGCUGAAAUUGUUUUUAGUAAAGACUAUGAUAGACUCAGAAAACGCGUGUUUGACGUAUACAUUCAGGGAAAGAGGGAAUUGAGGGAUUUUAACAUUAGAGAUCAGGCAGGGGCAAGUGAUAGAGCAUUUAAUGUAACAAUUCCAACUGAAGUUAAUAACAGCAUAAUGCAUAUACACAUGUAUUGGGCAGGAAAGGGGUCCUGGGUCAAUGCACCCAAUUUCAAUGGACCUCUAAUAUCAGCCAUUUCCAUCAUUCCAGACUUCCCCGUUGGCGGUGAGAAGCUAUCUCCCUGGCUUGUGGCACUGAUAACUGUAGCUUCAUUCGUAAUUGUGCUGCUGCUGUUAUUGACUAUAGCCUGGUUAAUGGGAUGGCUUGACGACGACGAGUUAAAAGAAGAAAUACAAAUAGGGGAAAAUAUAGACGAGGGCAAAAGUGGAAGUACAACCCGUACUACUGAUCAAGCUACUGAGGAUAAGGACGAAAUAAAGGUUCCUCUCAAAGUAUUAAUCAAGGCAACCAAAAAAUUCAGCGAGGAAACCAAGAUUGGAAGCGGACUUUUGGGGACUGUGUAUAAGGCAGAAAUGAAUAUUGACAAGGAUCAACAUCAUAACAUCACUGUGGCUGUGAAAAAACUUUCCCAUCGUUAUAAGGGAAAAAUCAAUGAAAUAGUGAAAGGUGAAAUUUAUAACCUGAAAUCGUUGGAAGAUAAGAAUCUCAUUAGAUUGUGGGAUGCUCAUAUUGGAGAACACCAACAGUUGCUCGUUUACGAAUAUAUGGAAAAGAAAUCCCUUGCAAGUGUCUUAUUUGAUUCAGAUAAAUCGGAGCUUAGUUGGAAAGAUAGAUUUGACAUAUGUAAGGGAAUAGCAAUGGGUUUGAAGGCACUGCAUAAGCGUCCAAGAGGUAAAAUAGUUCAUGGCAAUAUUAAGACUGCCAAUAUUCUUCUUAACGAACAUUAUCAGGCCAAGCUAUCAGACUUUGGAUUAGCAAAAGUCUAUUCUGAGGAAGAUCAAUUUUCCGUUAUUAAAGCAGAGGCUACAAAGGGAUAUUUGGCUCCUGAGUAUUUUCAACUUAGUGAACUAACGACUGAAACUGAUAUUUAUAGUUUUGGGGUAGUACUCCUUGAAAUUGUAUGUGGGCAGCAGAAUAGAGUGCGCAAAUCCAAACAAGAAACAGUUUUUCUUCUCGACGAGGUCCAUUCAUAUCGUGAGGAAAAACUGUUAAAGUUGGUGGAUAAAAGUUUAGAAGGAGAAUUUAAGGAUAGAGAAGCCUCUAACAUCUUAAAAUUAGCUAAGAUGUGCACUGAUAUAGCCCCAACUGUGAGGCCGGACAUAGCUGAUAUUGUAAGUGUUCUUUCUGGCAAGAAAACCAUUAAUGAGAUUCGUAGUCAGUCUCUGAAAGCCUCAAACGACGUCGGAGCAGAUGCCUCCACAUCCAUGGAGAAGUGCUAAUUAAAUUAUGAAAUCCAUUUAUAAAUUUCGACACUUCAUUCUGUUAUUGAAGUGCUAGACAUAUAUAUUAAGGGCUCGUUUGGAAUGCCGUACUAGGUCGUAUUGUAUUGUAUUGUAUUAUAUUGAAUUGCAUUUUAUGCAAUAUUUUUAUGUAAAACUAUAUGUGGUAUUAAAUUUAAUAGACACCUAAAUAUAUAAUAUUUUAGUAUAAA